AUGACAAAGGUUGCAUUCACAACAGACGUCAAAGGCGUCGUUAGCGAUGACGACGAUGAGGACUACGAGAACGAUGAUUUUGAGGAGGAGCCCGCCAAGAUAACCAACCACGAUGAGGUUCUUUUCGCCUUUGAGAGCAUCACGAAUGAGGCUCGGAAUAUGAAGCUGAACUUGGGCAAGAGAGAAAAUCGAGAGAGCUUCUUACAAAAGUAUGGGCAAUUCCUCUCAAAAUCGACAAAAGACUCAAACCAGACACUCCUCCACAUGAUCGCCAACACAGUGGGACACAAAUCGUUGACUCGCUGCGUUAUCAAGUUCGACAAGACCUUGCUAUACCGAGUGGACGACUCAAGCAAGACUCCUCUGCAUAUCGCCAUCGCCAAAAAGAACCAUGCAUUCAUCGAAGUGGUCUUGGAUGAGAAGAAGUAUACUAUAAAACUGGUCAAACGAGCAUCCGAAGAGACACUACGAGCACAAGACCAAAGCGGCCUGACCCCUCUUCACUUGGCUGUCGAUUACAAGUAUGCAUCAGAAGGGCAGCUAAAGAUUGUCGAGGCACUCCUUGCUCAUGGGGAUAGUGCCUUGGAUGAGUAUACCAAGGAACCUCAAAACCUAUCCAUCUAUGAGUACCAAGAUCACACACAGCGCCUCUGGCGGAAACAAUUCGAAGUGCCUGUUUCCGCUCGUGCUGGGGAAAGAAAACCCGACGGAUCAAGGGAUGAGCCACAGGGACAUGAGAGCGAACAUGCCGGAUCAAAGCCCAAAGGAGGGCUGGAGCAUGCUGGCGGGAGAAACCGCAUCUCUCAACAAGGCAAAGACACCCACGGAGGGCUACAUCGAGCGCCUGAUAACCCUCAUGCACCAAGAUCAGAGGAGGCCGAAGUACUUUCUUCAAGCCGCACUUCUACUGAAAGUGCACGCCAUACAGCCGUGAACAAAAACUCACCUAUUGAAGCACCUGAUGGCUUCAAGCCUAUACAGAGACGACAAACGGGUGUAGAAAACGGUGAAAAGCAGGCCCAAGAAGAGAAACGGAAGAGCGAAUACGCAGAGAAGAUCCGCCAGGCGGUCAAGCUACACUAUCUCCGAACUACUCUGACGAUCAAUUCGAGGCCUGCUAGUAGGGAUCAGCUCAAAGCUGUCAAGUUUCUACAUGGAGCGAAUCUAAACAACAUCAACUUGUGUUUCGACUACUCUGAGGCACCACCAGAGAUCUACGAGGAUUCCUUCAAACAAAGUUAUGACCACAUCAACUUCGACCAAGUCCUGCGCUACGUUUCAUUCCGAAGAAUCGAGCUGCAGAAACCCCCAGUAUCAGCUAUAAAAGCAAGACUAACAAGGAACCGAGCUCAGGCGUCGAAUAAAGGACGUGGUAGGGAUGAUCUGACAGUUUUCUUCAACUGGCUCAAGGGGAAGGGAGUCAAGCAUGUCCUCAAGGUUAUGGUGGAUGACUUGAAAGACCCAUCGCAUAGCGACAAGGCACUCGAGGAUUGUCUACGGCCUUUCGAGGUGGAGAUUCUCGACUGGACGAAAGUCGACUUGUGUCCGGAGACUAUCUUAACUGCUUGUCGGAAUGUUAGGCAGCUUUAUCUCCGAUGGAGUGGUAACAGAGCGGUUUUGAGGGCUUGGAGCGAGCCUGAUGGACUGGCGAAGCUAGAAAGGCUGGAGGCGGUACAUUUGGUAUACAGUGAGGAGCAGGCAUUAGAGUCGGCCGAUCGCAUCACAAUGUACGCGAAUGACUUCGAGGAGCGGUUAAACGACUCAGCAGCCUCAAACCCGAACAGACUGCCUUCAAAUGACGAAGGCGAGGCUGGGGAAGGAAGACGUAUACUCGUCUUCAGGUGCAAAGCAGAUGUUCCCGGCAGUGAACGAAUUGUCCGAGAGGGAGCAUUCGCAAAGGCUCAAAGCGGCAUCAAUGAGAUGAGUCUACAGUCAAACAGAUGGCUGAACUGUAUGGACAAAUUUGCCGACGAACUCCAAAAUACUUGUUCCGAGUUUGUCAAGCCUCAAAAUGGUAUCAAGGUCGCCCUUAUUGACGAUGGCGCUGAUCCCUACGUCGAGUCUCUACGGGGUAAGAUCUGGGGUGGAGAGACGUUCAGCAGAGGCUUUCCUCACGAGAACGGACCCAGCCCUUACUAUAGGUCUACGAAAGGCCACGGGACUGUGAUGGCGGAUAUGAUUUGCCGGGUAUGUCCGAUGGCGAGGCUGUAUGUGUACAAACUUGAGACGCAGACGAGUCUCAACUUGGCGACACAGACUCAUGGCAAGGAGUACAUUGCUGCAGAAAGCGCAGCGCUGGCUGUGAGAGCAGCGAUAGACCAGAAGGUGGACAUCAUCUCAAUGUCCUGGACAGUCAAAGAAACAGUCGAGAAUCGUGAUGGUGUCAACACUUUCCGCCAAGCCAUCAAGGACGCACUCGACGCAGGAAUUCUCCUCUUCUGCGCCGCCGCAGACACUGGCGCCAUCACCGAAGUUGAGUACCCAUGGUCUUUCGACCGCCAGCGCAUCUUCCGCAUCGGCGCUGCCACCGCAGACGGUCGCGUAUGGGGCCCAACAGGCAGCCCCCAGCACUUAAGCUUCGUUAUACCAGGUCACAAGGUAGUAUCGCGAAAUCCACACCGUGAGGGUGCGUUGCCAGACGACUUUGAGGAACGCACCGGUUCAUCCGUGGCUACGGCGUUGGCGGCUGGUCUAGCAGCACUCAUUCUUCACUGCGUCAACCUUGCCAUUGUUCACGGUAAGGAACAUCCGUCUACUACGGCUGUUAGCGCUGAAGACCUGGAGCGACUUUCGAAUCACGAUGAUAUGUAUAAUGUGCUUCGUGGUAUUGGGUUGGAUGAGGGCCAGCAGCGGUUCAUUGAGGUUUGGCGACGGUUCGAUCGUCCGGCGAAGGAGCUCAAGGAGCCGAUGAGUGACAAGAUGGAUGCACUUGGCAUCGUUGCUAGACUGGCUCGAGAUCUUGUUCCUAGUGGAAGCAGCUAG